AUGGAGAACACGCGACCUGUGAAGAUUGGGGAUGAUGUGGUAUUUGAGAUUAACCCCCCCUCAGUGCCACAAUCAGGAUCCUGGAAUUCACAGACGCUGUUGGCCUUUUGGGUCGACUCUAACGUGGUUUCGGGCGUUGGAUAUAAAGGGAGAAUCUCUGUGAAUACUUCCACUGGAUCACUGACGCUGAAGUCUGUAAGACUCAGUGACUCUGGAAAUUAUUUUGUUCAGGGUCAAACCACAGAUGGAGUUGAAUUCAGUGGAAAUACUACCUUGACUGUUUUUGAACCUGUCUCCCAGCCCACAGUACGCUCCAAUGUGACUGAUCCAGUGGAGUUCAAUGACACUGUCAGUUUGUCCUGUACAGCCUCUGGCUCUGCUGUCUCCUACCAAUGGCUCAAUGGCAGCUCUGUGGUUAGUGACAGUGAGCGGAUUCACCUGAGUGAUGACAAUAAAACACUGACCAUACCCAGGGUGUUGAGAUCUGAUGAUGGGACCCUGUAUUGCUAUGCGUUUAACCCUGUCAGUAACAGCACCAGCGAGGCGUUUCAUCUCAUCGUGAGCUAUGGACCAGAAUCCCUCACUCUGUCUAUCAGCCCCCAAAAGCCGAUCUAUAGUGCAGGAUCAGACCUCACUCUGUCCUGUUCUGCACAGUCCAGCCCACCUGCUCACUACCAAUGGUUCUUUAAUGGAGCCCCUCUUAACAAACUGGGCUCACAGCUGAAUAUCAAUCACAUUCAACACAAUCAGACUGGAAACUAUACCUGCUGGGCUUAUAACAAUAUAACCCUCAAAUAUGCUAAGGAAACAAGAGAGAUUAUUGUUGUGGAGCCAAUAACUAAUGUAAAUGUGAAACCCAGCCUUGCACAGCCAAUAGCAAACCAGGCUCUAAACCUGACCUGCGAGGUGCUUGGAUCACAGACUGUUUCCUCAAGGCUCUGGCUGAAGGACGGUCAGCCCUUGUCCACUAGUGACAGAAUAACAUUGUCUGUGGACAGCAGUGUAGUCUCCUUCAACCCAGUGCUGCAGUCUGAUGAUGGAGAAUAUCAGUGUAAAGCUAGUAACCCUGUAAGUGAAGUGACGAGCGCUGGAUACAGAUUGGAGGUCAAUUAUGGACCAGAGCAGGUAUCUAUUACAGCACCAGACUCAGCAGCUGAAGGCUCAUCUGUAACAUUCACAUGUUCAGCUCAGUCUCUCCCCCCUUGUAAUUACACCUGGUAUUUCAAUGGGACAGAGACUGCCCAGAGCUCGCAAUACAAGAUAGCUUCUGUAAGCAAUGCUGAUAGGGGAAGUUACACUUGUGUAGCCUGGAACUCAGUGACUGGAAGAAACACUUCUGUGGUAAAGGAAUUUACUGUGACUGGUGAGUUUAUUGGGUUUGUAAGGGAAACAUUUCUACCUGGUUACCAUUCCAUUAAUUUCAAGAAAUGUUAAGUGCAUUUGCAAUCCCGAAGAGUAUUCAGAUGUGUUGGUCAAA